CUGUAAUCAUGUAUCGAAAAUCAUUCUUAAAGAGUAAACUGCUCACAAGCUGUGGUUAGGAACUUCCAGAAUCUAGAAGGGCUUCGUUUUUUAUGCAAACCUAUUCACCACUGUUUAAUGUCAACUGGAAUGAUUUAAAGAAAACUGGCCUAAUAUGAGGUUUACUGAAAGGAAACCAUUAGCCAAGGCUCGUCGUCAUUUUGCGAAAAAAGAAUUUGACCUGGAUGAAAGUGAUGAUGAUGAAGACACGUUUCUACGCAAAACCUCUGAGAUUUCGGAUGUCGAUUUUUCGAAUCGGUUACAGGAAAUAGAACAUAAAUCGACAAUACAAGCCUCAGUGAAAACCGAGGGCACUUCAAGCUUGCAUACGAAACAAUCCACAUCACUUUGUACAAUUGUCCAUCUCUCCCAUUUUCCUGACUCAGUUGACAUCAAUGAUUUUCGAAAACAUAUAUCAUCUAUCCCUGGAAUUAUGGCUGUAAAUAUAUUUCCACCACAACCCGAUAGCGAAAGAAAGGGAAUCCUGGUUGUUCAAAACGAGGCAGCAGCGUUUUCUGUGACACAAUUCCUAAAAACAAAUCCAUUCAAUGAUUAUUUUAUACAAGGCACAUAUGAGAUUAAGGAACCAAAGACUAUCUCAAACGGUGUAGAAAACAACAAGAGCACCGUACUCGUUUCUCAGGAACAAAACUCUAUCAGCGUUCUUUCUCCGUUUGAAAAAGCCAAAUUGAACUGGCUGUUAGAUAAGAUGUCCUGCUCCCGAUCGUCUAUAGCGAGAGCCAUGGCAUUUAGCAUGGAACAUGUUCAUUGUCACGAAGAGAUUGUUGAUCAAAUUACCAAUUCAUUUCUACAAACAUCGGAUUGCUUGGAACUGGACGUUGUUCGAAAGCUCAGCCAUUUAUACCUCUUUAACGAUAUAUUGUACAACUGUGCUUCAGGAAUACCACAGGCUUGGAAAUAUCGGCUCAGUUUGGAAAAGCACUUACGCGUCAUUUUUGAACACCUUCGUUUCACUGCCAAACGCUUUAGUGGAAGAUUAAAAGAGAAUAUAUUUACUCAGAAGGUACUAGCCGUCACCGAUGUAUGGACAAAAUGGGUUUCCUUUCGGGAAGAAUUAUUUGAGUAUGUGCACAAUUUAUUUAAUCCCAAAACCACUUCAUCGACACAGUUUAGGCCAGUGGAAAACGAAACAGCGCUUGAGGACGAAAAAUGGUUUAACAUGACGCCGCCUGCAGAAGAAUUGGAAAAUGAUGAGGAGUACAAUGGCAUCCCUGUUGAUGUUAGCGAACUUUUGGGUCUCAAGGCAGCAAAGGAAGAGACAACACAUGAAAAGCCGGAACCUUCGAUACGCCCUGCAAUGUUCAAACAGAGUUUUACUAAAGGUACCGUCGUUUCCAAAAAAAUGCGUAUGCGUGCCGAGGACUUAUUCGAUACUUGAAAGCCAACUUGGCAAAUGUGCUAUGUGAGCGUAAUUAUUACUACUACCUUGCAAUUUCGUUUACUACGUUAAUAUUAGACGUGUACUAUAUUACAGUAGGACUUUGCACUCACAGUACUGAACCAAUUGUUCCUAUCACCGCUACUUAUAAACAAAAUAAAAUUACCGAUCAGAAGCAAAA